CUCAUUCCGCCACUUUACUUGAGCUCCGCCGCCGCCGCCGCCGCCGCCGGAUGAGCACCGCCGAUCUCUCUCUCUCCUCCGCCUUCAAUCCAAUUCACCGCCCGCUCUCGCGUCGUCCGACGUUCUCCUCCGCCCCCCAUCUCCUCUCUCCACCUCCAUCGCCAUCUCCUCGGCCGCAUCCGCUCCUCCUCGGCUCAAGCCGCGCCGAUCGCCGCGGGAUCCUCCGCCGGACGUCUCCGAUCACCAUGUCCAGCCACGGCGCCGACCGGCUCCCGGACCGGCUCCCGCUCGAACUGAGCGAACUUGACGACGAGCCCGACUUCGAGAAGCUCCUCAGCCCCGGCGGCCGCAUCUCCAUCUGCGGCUUCGGUUCUCUGCUCUCCGAGCGAAGCGCGAGGAGUACGUUUCCCGAUCUGGUUGACUUUAGGGUGGCGAGAUUGGACGGAUUCCGGCGCGUUUUCGCGCACGCCGCUCCUAUUUUCUUCGAGCGCGGCAUCGCCAAACCCGAAACCAUGGAGAUCUCCAGCCUCAGUGUGGAGCCAUGUGACGGCGAGACUCUCGUGGUUACGGUCUUUGAGAUUGAGAAAUCCGAGAUACCAGCUUUCAUCAGGAGGGAACUCGAGUUCCGAUUUCUCGCUGUCAGGCCUCAGAUGCUUGAUGGCAAGCCCUUUGAUAAUCUAGCGGUGCUUUGCGCUCGCUAUAGCGAUGAGGAAUUUUUCCGAAUCAGAUGCCGAGGAAGCAAGGAGAUCUAUUUUCAACAUUAUGGACGUUACGAUAUAGAUAAGAUAUGGCGGGAUGAUGUUUUUCCUUGCCGCGUUUAUCUUAGGCACUGUGUCUUGGCCGCAAAGAAUCUGGGUGAUGUUGCCUACGACAAUUUUCUGGAUCACACAUACCUGGCCGACUGUAAAACGACGAUCAGAGAGUAUUUGGAAACAACAGGGUCGGGCAUCAUGGAAGAGGAGCCUCCAGAAUCCCUGAGAACCCGUUAUGGCGGCUAAUGUCAUUGGUGAUGUUUCUUCUGCAACAGAUAUUCUUGCUUUGGACCUUGUGGUGUUCAUCCUCCCACAUUUUCGAGAAGCCUAAAGAAAGCGAUUCUGUAUAAUUGUGAUGUUAAAGAUUUCUUCUUGCGUUAUUGGUCGAUUGUAAUUAGGCAAUCAACAGAAAUCUGGUUGUAAAGCUUUUCACAAGAUGAA